AUGGCCGGGACGCUGCGCAGGCUGCUGCUGGCGGGCGCCGCCGCGCUAUGCCUGGGCGCCACGCGCGCGCUGUACGCGGACCAGGCGGGCGAGUUCGACUGGAGCGCGCAGAACGUGGGGCGCGUGCGCGCCGUGGCCUUCGGCGGCUCCGUGAGCCGCGGGCCGCACUCUGUGGCCUCCAGGGGCGCCACGCGCGCCGUGUACGUGGCGUCGGACGCGCGCUCGCGGGCGCUGGCGCGGCUGGACUCGAAGACGGGCGAGGUUCAGUGGCGCCGCGUAUUUCCCGAAGGGGACGCUAUCGACGACAUCCAGCUCACGAACUACGGUCUGCUGUCGGUGUCGGGGUCUGGCCGCAAUGUGCGACUCUGGGACCAGAACUCGGGCGUGCUGCUGUGGGACGAAGUGACGAGCGAGGGCUCGGCGGUGAAGGACGCGGUCUUUGGCGGCCUCUUCUCGCUGGACGGAGACCACUCGGUGGUGCUCACGGCGGCCAGCGUGGCCAUGGUCAGUGUCAAGAACGGGCAGGUGAAGGUGCAGACGCUGCCCGAGAGCUUCACCCAGGCGGCCGUUGAGGCGGCCGAGCUGUCGUGGCACGUGGGCUCGGACAACGCUGCGCUGUUCGCGAUGGCGGGCAGCCACAUGCUGCAAGUAGACCUCUCGACGGGCCGCGUGGUGAACCACUUCACCCGCCCCGAGAUCAAGGAGGGCGACAAGGGCGACGUGCAGGCCACUACGGUGCUGCGUCGCGACACGGACCAGGGCAAGACGGCCGCUGUUACGCUCACGAAGGACCAGCUGCUGCUGCAGGGACUGGAGAACAAGGACGACACGACGGAGACCGCGCUGAGCUCGCUGGAGCUGGGCGGCGACAAGGUGGUGGCUAUUGAUGCGGCCAUCUCGAACUCCCUGGUGCUUGUGCUGGCCUCCGGCAAGCGUGCGAUCCUCAAGAUUACGAGCGCGUUGAAGGUGGAGGUUGCUGCUGUGGUGGCUGCUGAAGGCGCGUUGAUGGAGUCUGUCACGGACGAUUCGGUGCUCUUCCACGCCGCGGCGAAGGGCAGUGGAAAGGUGGCGGAGAUUUCGUCGUACUCGUGGGGUGAGAGCCUGGCCCCGGUCUCGUGGGAGGCUGAGCUCGACCUGGCUGCGUUUGGUGGCGACGUCUCGCACGCGUUCGUUGGAUGCCCCAACACGAAGAAGGACUCGGCGCCGAGCUGCCGUGCUGUCCUGGUGCUGAAGGAUGACGCGUUGGUCAUGACGUCCAACGAGGAGGAAGCCGAGGCUGCUACCAAUGGUAACGUUCAGUGGGUGCGUGAGGAGGCUCUGGCCAACAUCAAGCGCGUGCGUUGGAUCACUCCAGCGGAGACGGAGAUCGAGAAGCAGGCCCUCAAGCGCAUCCCGUCCUUCAUGGAGGAGGUCGGGCUUGAAGUCAAGCGUCUCCAGCACCUUGUCGAGAAGGUCAUGUCGUUCUCGUCUCUGUUCGACGAGAGCACUCGCCAGCGCGGUGUCGACCGGUCCCGUGCUGCGCGCAAGGAGCCGCCUAACGCCCACUUGUUCGGCUUCUCCAAGUACAUCAUGGUGCUCACGGACAGCGGCAAGCUCUUUGCCAUCCGCGCAGAAGCCAGCACUGUGGCGUGGUCUGCGUUUGUGGGCCCUGAGUACCAGCUCUUCGUGACUCGUGACCACCCGGCUCUCGGAUCGGGUGCUGAGUUGCUGCUGGUUUCGAACUCCACGGAGCUCGUGUGGCUCGAUGGUGACGAUGGCCACAAGCUGGAUGCUGCCAGCGCGGGAGCGGCGACCGGUGCCUCCUGGGUGGUUGUGCUGCCUAAGCGGAAGCAUCUCACGACUGAUGAGGAGCCGACGGCACGCCGCACUGUGGCUGUGAUUGCGGAGGACUCGCUGCAGGUGGCGCUUUACCCGAAGGAGACUGCUGACUUUUCUCACCCGGAGCUGGAGCACUUCUACUUCUACCGGUACGAUGAAAGCACCGAGGUUCUUCGCGGCUAUGUCAUCGAGAACGAGGGCGAUGCUGAGAAGGUGGACUACCGUGCUCGUGAAGUGUGGUCUGUUGUGCUGCCUCGCGACCAGCAGGUGAUUGCUACGUCGCACCACCACGACCACUCGGUUGUGGACUCGGCGGUGACGAUUACCGGUGACGACUCGCUGCUGAUCAAAUACCUGAACCCGAACCUGUUCGGACUUGCCACGAUCGCUACGGAGCCCGCCGAGGGUGACAACGAGCCGACGUCUAUCCUCCACGUCAGUCUGAUUGACUCGGUUGCUGGCCGCAUCAUCCACCGCGCUCGUCACUCGCAUGCCGCGGGCCCUGUCCGCAUGGUGCAGAGCGAGAACUGGCUGGUGUACUCGUUCUGGAACUCGAAGGAGAAGCGCACUGAGAUGGUGUCGCUGUCGCUGUUUGGCGGCGCAGUGGGCAUGCACUCGCUGAACCCGUGGAAGCGCCCCUCGUGGACCGAUUCGCGCUCGUCGUUCGACUCGAAGGCGCCGUUCGUGCUGCAGAAGAGCUUCAUCUACCCCACCAAGAUCACGUCUUUGGGUGUCACCGUGACGGCUCACGGCAUCACUCCCCAGUCGGUCCUGGUGGGCAUGGAGACCGGCCAGAUCUUCAAGUUGGUUCGCAACUUCAUCGACCCGCGCCAGCCGGAGAAGCCGCUCACCCCGGAGGAGCAGGCGGAGGGUCUGAUGAUGUACUCGCCGCUGGUGCCCGUGUACAACCGGCCGCAAGCCAUGCUCACGUACAACCAGACGGUGGAGAACCUCCAGUCUAUCAGCACGGCCGCGGCGGAGCUCGAGUCGACCACGCUCGUGUUCGCCCACGGCCUCGACAUGUUCUACGUGCGCAUGACGCCCGCCAAGUCGUUCGACCUGCUGCCGUCCGACUUCAACCACGAGAUGCUCAUCCUGCUGUGUCUGGCCUUCCUGGGGGCCACCUUCGUCACCAAGGCGCUGGCGCAACGCAAGGCGCUGCAGACGGCGUGGAAGCCAAGUUGUGGAGCUCGGUCUCCGAUUCGCCACAACGCAACUUGCCCGGACGAGAACAAGCGCAUCGUCAAGACCAUGAAGCUCACUGCACUCGCUGUCGUCGCUGCCGUCGCUGUCGCGGGCGUUUCUGCUGCCGAUCAACCUGCCCUGCGCUCGGUGGACAAACAGGCCGAGGUGGCGCCUGCUGCUGGUGCUGCGAACACUCCGACUGGAGCCAAGAAGGAGCAGUGCGGAGGCUGGGGAGGAGGCUGGGGCCCCUGGGGUGGAAUGGGCAUUGGCUGUGGUGGCUGGGGAGGAGGCUGGGGCGGAGGCUGGGGUCGUCCGUGGGGUGGCUGGGGCUGGGGCUGGUAA